GCAUUCAGUCAGGCAUAUUAACCAAUGACUUAAAUUCUGCCAAGUCACUGGUUUUCCUGGCUAGCUCAGGCAACCCAUUCCAUGCUCUAAUAGCACUAGGGAAGAAGGAGUAUUUGUACAAAUUUGUCCUAGCAUAUGGGAUGAGUAAUGUGCCUUUCCUUUAUCUUUGUGUCUUUCUGAGUAUUUUAUUUAAUUUUGUUUUUGAAGAUUAUGGUUUAGUGUUUUAUGUAUAAUUGCUACUUUACUUUUGCGUCUUCUGUCCUGAAGGCUUUCUAAAUUUAGUGAUUUAACUAAUGGUGUUACUCUAGUCCAGUGAUGCUCAGCCUAAUUUGACCUGCGGGCCAUUUUAACUUUCGACAUGCGUGUCACAUCAAUAAAAAGGUACAAAAUAUGAAAAAAAAAUUCAUCUGAAACUAUUUGAAACUAUUGAAUAUAGUACUUACAUUUUUUAAUGGGAUGUUUAAAGGUACCCAUCAAAAAAUGUCUUCAUUUCUGUACUUAAAAUUUGAGCAACAUUGUAGCUACCUUUACCACCAACUUAUUUUCUCAUUUUGGUAAAUAUUUUCAUCGAUCCUCCAAUCUCUAGGCGUAGUUUAACCAAUUUUUUAUAAGCGGCUCAUAUCAAGAAGGCCUUGAUAUUUUUUUUUUAAUUCCGCUGUAUAUGACUAAUAUGUUGUUGUUUUUGAAACAGCCAGACUUUCUUUACAAAACAAAUAUGCUGGCUUAUUAUCAUUUUCUACAAAAAAGGUCCAUUCACCUUUCCUGGAAGAUUCUACAUUCAGAUUUCCAUUUCAUAAACUCAUAAACGCACAAUCAUUAAAGGUCAUGGUACCAAUCCAUCAGAGAAAAAGUGAGGGCCCUAACGAAAGUAAAGAUACAUUUUCAACCUUUUUGAAAAGGGGGAGGGAGGAUAUUUUACUUUUUGUGCCUAUGUUUCGGUGGGCCGGAUGGAACCAAGAACCGGCCCGCGGGCCGUACUUUGGGCAUCACUGCUCUAGUCAAAUGUGAAUAUUUGUUUGUUAUGAAUCUCACUGCUCUAUUUUGUGUCUGUUCCAGUUUCUUAAUGUUUUCUUGAGUUGAGGGGGUCCCAAACAGAGGAUGCAUUAUAUUCUAUCAUUGGCCUAACCGAGAAUGAGCAUAAUUGCAUAAAAACUACAUUUAACUAUAAAAAAUGCCAUGAAAAAUGUCUUUAAAAAAGUGAAAAAAAAAAAUGUGAAAAAGCAUCUUUCUUAGAAAAACUCAGAGGAACUGCUUCUACCAUGGAGGGCAUGAAACAUGACUUUAUUAAUGAUCUUAAACCUAUUGUGAAAAUUGAGAAGAUAGAUUGGUCAUUAUACUCAAAGUUGAGAGACUACAAUUACAAGUAUCAAACUUCUGAAAAUACACAGACAUCCGAAGAAAAAAUGCAUUCAAUGUCAAUGAUGGAUGACUUGAAACAAGACUCUACCAAUGAUCUCUUCAAUGUUAUGAAAAAUGAGAAGACAGAAUUUUCUUUCCAUCCAGACACAUUAGAAUAUAGCUUCGUUGUUCAAACCUUGGAAUCGAUUUUAUCAGAAGAGACAGAGCAACAAAUAAAUCAAAGUCAAGAUAUGUCUUCAAACCAAGAUAAACCUAGAAACUCUCCUAACAAAGAUGUGCGUGCUGGAAACCUUGAAGAUGAAGAACAAAAUAGUUCAAAUGUAAAUAGAAUGCUCCAGCUGGUUUCUGCUGAAAAAUCAUUCUCUACUUCAUCAAUCUCUAAGAACCAUGAAUUAAUGCAUUGCUUUAAAAAAACAUUUAAGUGUGACUUAUGUCAAAAACAAAUGUUUUAUAAAUGUAAUUUGAAAGUUCACCUGGCACUUCAUUGUGGAAUAAUAUUAUUCGAAUGUCAUAUUUGUCACAAAGGAUUUAGUUCUGCCACUAGUUUAAAGAACCAUGAGAUGAUUCAUUCUAAAAAAAAGCCUUUUCAGUGUCAACUUUGUCAAAAAGAAUUCACCAAAUCCUCAACUUUAAAACAACAUGAAAUUGUUCACUCUGACAAAAAGCAAUUCCAAUGUCAAAUUUGUCACAAAGAAUUUGCUUAUUCCUCAAAUUUAAAACACCAUGAGAUUAUUCAUUCUGGUAAAAUGCCAUUUAAUUGUAAAAUUUGUCACAAAGGAUUCACUCAUGCCUGUUUUUUAAAACAGCAUGAGAUGAUUCAUUCUAAUAAAAAGACAUUUCAGUGUAAAAUUUGUCGAAAAAAAUUCUUUAUGUCUUCAAAUUUAAAAAGGCAUGAGAUAACUCAUUCUGAUAAAAAGACAUUUAAAUGUGAAAUUUGUCAAAAAAAAUUCAGCCAGUUCUCAUAUUUAAAACAGCACGAGGUCCUUCAUUUGGACAAAAAACCAUUUCAAUGUUACAUUUGUCAUAAAGAAUUCAAUAGAUCCUCAGCGUUAAAAAAGCAUGAAAUGAUUCGUACUUUUUCAUUAACUUUUAAGGACCAUGAAUUAAAUCAUUCCUUUAGAAAAACAUUUAAGUGUGAUUUGUGUCAAAAACAAUUGUUGAGUAAAAAUUCUUUAAAAGUUCAUCUUACACUUCACUGGGGAAGAGAACUAUUCAAAUGUCCCAUUUGUCAGAAAGAAUUCUUAAGCUCAAGAGGCUUAAAAGAGCAUGAGGUAAUACAUUCUGGUAAAAAUCCAAUUAAAUGUCAAAUUUGUCAAAAAGAGUUCACUAGAUCCUCACAUUUAAAACAGCAUGAGAUGAUUCAUUCAGGUGAAAAACCAUUUAAAUGUCAAAUUUGUCAAAAAGAAUUCAAUCAGUCCUCAAAUUUAAGAAAGCAUGAGAUGACUCAUUCUGAUAAAAAGCCAUUUCAGUGUACAAUUUGUCCAAAAAAAUUCACUUGUCCCUCAGAUUUAAAAAAGCAUGUAAGUAUUCAUUCUGAUAAAAAGCCAUUUCAAUGCCAAAUUUGUCAUAAAAAAUACUCUCAGUCCUCAAAUUUAAAACACCAUGAGAUAAUUCAUUCUGGUAAAAAGCCAUUUCAAUGUAAAAUUUGUCAAAGAAGAUUCACUCAUUCCAGUUAUUUAAAACGGCAUGAGAUAAUUCAUUCUGGUAAAAAGCUAUUUAAAUGUCAAAUUUGUCAAAAAGAAUUCACUUAUUCCACAAAUUUAAGACAGCAUGAGAGGAUUCAUUCCAGUAAAAAGUCAUUUCAAUGUCAAAUUUGUCAAAAAGAAUUCAAUCAUUCGACAAAUUUAAAAAAGCAUGAGAGGAUUCAUUCUGGAGAAAAGCCAUUUAAGUGUAAAAUAUGUCAAAAAGAAUUUGCUCGACCCUCAGAUUUAAAACAGCAUGAGUUUAUUCAUUCUGGUAAAAAGCUAUUUAAAUGUCAAAUUUGUCAAAAAAGAUUCACUCAAUCCUCAACUUUAAGAAAGCAUAAGAUGAUUCAUUCUGGUAAAAAGUCAUUUGAGUGUAAAAUAUGUCAAAAAAGAUUUACUCGAUCCUCAGAUUUAAAAAAGCAUGUGAUGAUUCAUUCUUGUAAAAAAAAACAUUUAAAAGUUAAAUCUGUCAAUAAGAAUGUACUCAAGCCAUCAGUUUAAAAUAGCAUGAGCUGAUUUUAAUGUUUUACCUUUACCUAUCCCUUAGUCUGUUGGGGCACCAAGCAAGACUUGUUGACCAUCUUUCUCCAUUCCUCCCUGUCUUUUGCCUUGUUUAAAACCUCUAUCAAUGGUAGGUCCAUUCUUUUAUGUUGUCCUCCCAUAGCUUUCUCUGUCUGCCUCUUCUUCUUUUUCCCGGUACUGUAGGAAGGUCUUAGCGAGCCCCGUAGAUCUUGUAAUAUGGCCAUAGAUUUUAAGGUUGUGUUUUUUUACAAUAGUUAGCAGGUCAUCAUGGCGUCCGAUUGCGGCAGUAACCCUCUUAUCUCUUGGUUUGUGAUGCUAGUAUGAAAUUUUAAUGUUACAUAUAUAGAAAAAGAAUUCAUUCUCUCUUUAACUUUCAAAGUUGAUUCUCUCUGGUCUGAAGCCGUUCUAAUGUUCCAUUGUCUGCUUGAAUACCUUUAUAUCUCUCAAAGUGCUAGUGGAAAAAAAAAACAUUAACAAUAGCUCCAAGUGCAAGUGGAAUGAAAUAAUUUUUCUGUUCAUAAUUUUGUAACAUAUUAAUUAGGAGACUAUUUAUUUGGAUAAAAGAUCAUUGAAAUGCUAAAUGUGAUUAGGAAUUAAAUGUUUUUCUAAAGGAAUGAUUUAAUUCAUGGUCCUUAAAAGUUAAUGAAAAAGUAUACUCCUAUAAUAUAUGCACCAGCAAAUAAUGGUAACGGGACGAGGCGAGGUAAAUAAAUGUUUCUUUUUUAAACACUUUUUACUCAUUAGUUGUUUAAAGAAAAACAAUUCGCUCUAUAAGUUGUAUACACAAUAUAUAGUACAUUAGUGUUUUUUGUUUUGUUUUGUUUUUCUUUAACUUUUAUGAUAUUUUGGUAACAAUCACAAGCUUUUGAUUUGUAUAUUACAUUGUGUUAAUGAUGUGACAUUUCAUCAGAUUUUCUUAAUAUUUUUUUUUUUUAAAUUGCUAAAUAAAUUUUGUACUGAUCAAAUAAAGUAUUUUAUAACA